AUGGCAAUUGUUUUGGUUGACGAUCGUGAGCACCACGAUCAGGUGUACGAAGAAUACGACAUCCUCCACGACAUCGUUUCCAUCUUGCUUGAGGAGCAAGUGACAAGAAUCGAUACUGCCAAAGCUGCAGUCAGAUUUAAUGACAUUCCGAAUCGUCAAGCACCGGUUGUGAUUCAUCAGCCACUUCGGAUGCCCAUCCCUACAUUCGAUGGCCGGUACGAGAGCUGGCCGAAGUUCAAGGCCAUGUUCAAGGAUCUGGUGGAAAAGGGUUCAGAUACACCGGCAGUAAAGUUGUACCAUCUGGACAAAGCCUUGGUUGGCAGUGCAGCUGGGCUCAUCGAUGCCAAGACAAUCAACGAGGGCAACUACGUCCACGCUUGGACAAUUCUGGAGGAAAGAUAUGAGAACAAACGCCAUGCAAUCGAUUGCCAUAUCCUUGGUCUCGCCCUUGGUCUUGGGCGGAUGACAAAGCGGAGCCAUGUGGAAUUAAGGAGCCUGGUGGACGAAUGUUCCAAGCAUGUCGAAGGACUGAAGUUCCUGGAAAGACCGUUCGAUGGAGUAGGAGAGGAUUUCGUAAUCCAUCUGCUUGCUUCAGCAUUGCACCAUGAUGUACGUCAUCUUUGGGAAUCAACCAUCAAGCACGCGGAGUUGCCCAAUUACGACGAGAUGCUGAAGUUCCUGAAGGAGCAAACGUUCAUACUGGAAAGGGUUGAAGCCAGCAGUCAGAAACCAGUUUCAGUUCCAGCCAAGCCAUCGCCUUCAACCAACAGGCCGUCGGUGCAGAAAGCUCACGCAGCAGUUUCAUCAAGUGAAACGGAGAUGAAGUGUGAAUUUUGCGGAAAGGCAUACCAGAACUUCGCCUGUUCUGAGUUCAAGUCACUUUCAGUGCCGCAAAGAUUAGUCAAGCAAGAAUCGUCGAACGUCAUCGUAGCUGGGGUGAAUGGAACAAAAACCCACUCAUCCAGCAGCAGCAUGGUUCAUCUGUCGUCGAAGUACACGGAUUUCCAAGCCAGGGUGAAGCCUGCUGGGCUGCACCUGGCAGAUCCCGAAUUCUUUCGGUCCAGUGAAGUGGAUAUGCUCCUUGGUAACGAAUGGUUCCUUAAGUUGUUGCUGCCUGGCGAGAUCUUGUUUGCCGACAAUCUUCCAAUGCUACGCGAAACCCAAUUUGGCUGGGUUGUUGGUGGUGUAUACGAUGAAGGUGAUCGUUCUGACGGGAUCGUUUACUCGCACUCCGUCACGUUGGAUGAGUUGAGUCAGUCCAUUCAGCGGUUUUGGGAGGUCGAAGAUAUCGGUAGUGCUUAUCAGUCCAGCACCGAAGAAGACGAAUGCGAACUGCAUUUACAAGCUACCCAUCGUAGAGAUGCAUCCGGGAAGUACAUAGUCGAGUUGCCUCUGAAAGAGACCGUCAGCGAGUUGGGUGAUUCUAGGUCGCUGGCUUUGAAAAGGUUUCGUUCACUGGAGCGAAAGCUCUCGCAGUGCCCAGAUUUGAAGAAGCAAUAUCAGGAUUUCAUGGAGGAGUACGAAGUUCUUGGUCACUGUAAGGAAGUCGAUGAAAGCAAGGAUCCACCAGGUACCAUUAAAUGGUACUUACCACACCAUGCAGUUCUGCGACCAUCGAAUACCACUACCAAGUGCCGCGUGGUUUUUGAUGCGUCUGCAAAGGUGUCUGGUAGCUCGCUCAACGAUGUGAUGAAGAUUGGUGCCAUCAGUCAAAGCGAUCUCCAGGCAAUUUCUAUACGAUUCCGCAUACCUCUUCAUGUGUUGGCUACUGAUGUCGCCAAGAUGUACAGGCAGAUUUUCAUCGACUGGCGGUUUACUCCGCUAUUCCGGGUGUUCUGGAGGAAAGAUUCUUCAGAGCCUCUCCGUGUCCUAGAGUUGACAACAGUAACCUACGAUACGGCUUCUGCCCCAUUUUUGGCAACGCGGGCACUUCUGCAAUUGGCAAUCGACGAAGGUGGCAAGUACCCUCUGGCGGCUGACAUAGUGAAGAACAGUUUUUAUGUGGAUAAUGCGUUAUUCGGGUUUGAUGACUUGAAUGAUGCUGCGGAAGCCCAAUCCCAGCUGAUCGAUCUACUGGAAGCCGGUGGAUUUCAUCUGCAUAAGUGGGCAUCGAACAAUGUUGAGUUGCUGAAUAAGAUUCCGGAAAGAGAUCGUGAUGAACUGGUCAGCAUUGAUGAGUGUAGUGCAAAUGAAGUGAUAAAAACGCUGGGACUCUUGUGGAACCCUGCUUCGGAUUCUCUGCAGUUUAUUUCCCUUCCAACGUCGGACGUGAAGUGUCCGACUAAGCGGCAAGUGCUGUCGCUAGUGUCGAGAAUGUUUGACCCUCUGGGUCUAGUGGCGCCGGUUAUUGUGAUCGGAAAACUUUUGAUGAAGUCUAUCUGGAAGGAAGAAUUGGAUUGGGAUGAAGUGCUCAAAAACGAUAUGAAGAAGAAAUGUGACUAUUUCCUGAAUGCGUUGAAUGGUGUUACCAAUCUCCGAAUGCCUCGUCAAAUGGUGGUUACUGGUGCUUCUGCUUAUCAGUUGCAUGGAUUUGGUGAUGCAACGCUAGAAGCAUACGGCGCAUGUACCUCAGGUCUGUCGUAUCUGGUCAUACUGCAGUCAAAGGAGCUGUUGGCGGCUCUGCUACUCCAUCGGCUUGUGAAAAAAGUGAUUGAAGCCCUGGCACUUCAUUUUGAAGACAUCGUUUUGUGGUCUGACAAUCAAGUGGUGCUAGCUUGGCUAGCGAAGAAUCCAAACAAUUUGGAAGUGUUUGUGCGCAAUCGUGUCGGUGAGAUUACCUCUACUGGAAACCAAUUCAAGUGGAAGUAUGUAAAUACGCUGGAGAACCCAGCCGAUGUAGUGUCCCGUGGCCAAUCCGCUGAUAAUCUUGAGAAGAAUGAUCUUUGGUGCAAUGGGCCAUUGUUCCUGCGUAGUGAAGACUAUCAGAUGGUGGUUCCAACACCUCUGUCUGAUGAAGAAGUUCCGGAGUUGCGUGAAGCUACUGUUGUUCCUGCGGUGGUACAGUUGGAUCAGUUGCCAGUGUUUCUGAAGUUUGAGUCGUUCCGGAAGCUGCAACGUGUUUUGGCAUACGUUCUGCGCUUUUGCCGAAACGCUAAGGAGAAAGUGAAAGAAAAAAGAAUCAUUCAAUGUUACACAACCAUGUUCGAAUUACGUCAGUCGUUGAAGGUAAUUGUCCGGGUGAUUCAAUUGCAGCACUUUGGUGAAGAAAUUAUCAACAUCGCGUCUUGUGAGUACUGCAAAAGGCUUUCCAAGCUAAACCCAUUUUUGGAUGAUGGUUUGAUUCGUGUUGGUGGACGACUGCGUCAUUCAAGUUUACCAUACGGAGUGAUGCACCAGUUGGUUUUGCCAAGCCAUGAAUUAAUCGUCCAGAGCUUGAUUGUUGCGUUGCACCGUGAGAACCUUCAUGCUGGACCUUCGGCGUUGCUCGCUCAGCUUCGUCGACAGUUUUGGGUUUUGGGAGCUCGAUCUGCUGUGCGUAAGGUAACUCGAAAUUGCGUGCGGUGUUUUAAGAUCAAACCGCCGAUAGCCAACCAGUGUAUGGGCGAUCUUCCCGUCGCUCGUUGCGAUAAGGCACCCGCUUUCCUCAAGGUUGGUGUCGAUUUCGCUGGUCCGAUGCUCAUCAAGCAAACUGGCAGAAAGGCGGCACCUUUAAAAGGAUACAUAAGCGUAUUUGUGUGUAUGGUGACGAAGGGAAUUCAUCUAGAAGUUGUUGAAAAUCUUUCGUCUGAUGCCUUUAUUGCCGCUUUACAUCGGUUUGUAUCUCGUCGUGGAGUACCUGAGGAAAUAUUUUCCGAUAACGGGACCAACUUCAUUGGUGCUCGGAACGAGUUGAACGAACUCUGUCGGCUCUUCAAGCAGCAGGUGACCGAGCAGAAGAUUUUCGAGUUCUGCCAUAUCCGACAGAUUCAGUGGAGCACGAUUCCCCCAAACGCACCGCACAUGGGAGGAAUCUGGGAAGCUGGAGUUAAGAGUACGAAGACCGUAUUGAAGAAGAUUUGCCAGUCGAGCCUACUCACAAUGCCGGAGUUCUCGACUUUGCUCUGCCAGAUUGAAGCGCAGCUUAACUCUAGGCCUUUGUACGCACUUUCCGAUGAUCCGUCGGAGCCUGAACCGUUGACACCAGGUAAUUUUAUGAUUGACCGACCAUUGACUGCCAUCCCGGAGCCAAGUUACGAAGGAAUCCCAGUCAACCGACUCUCCAGAUGGCAAUACGUCCAGCGCCUUCGUAGUGAUUUCUGGAAACGCUGGUCCCAGGAGUACCUGUUGGAGUUGCAGUUACGCCAAAAAUGGACAAAGAAACGAGGUAACAUCAAUCCGGGAAUGGUCGUUCUAAUCAAGGACGACAACUUACCUCCUCAGUAUUGGAAGAUCGGGAAGGUUGAAAAAACCUAUUCAGGAGCAGACGGAAUGGUUCGGAUGGUAGAUGUCCAGACCAAGGACGGACUGCUGAAACGUCCAAUCCACAAGCUGGCUCCUCUCCCCAUACUUGACAAUGCUUCUACUUCCAAGGCUGCCAACGAUAAUAAUUGCGGAGCUCCCGGGGGGAGGAUGUUCGAGCCGUUCGCAAACGCCGCGUAUGAAGGAAAUUAUUUGACAGUGUAUCACCCGGCCGCAGCCUGCUGA